AUGAUGCUUCAUCAAGUCUUCAUAUCAGGCCUCUUACUACUUCUCCCAGGUGCUGUGGAUUCUGAUGUAGUAGUGACUGCAGUGGUGGGUGACCCUGUCACACUGCCAUGUAUUUACUCAACAGAUCUUGGAAUCAGUAACUCUUGCUGGGGCCUUGGCGAGUGUAAAUUUUUUUAUUGUGCAAGAACACUUAUCUGGACCAAUGGAUAUCGAGUCACCUAUCAGAGGAGCAGCAGAUACCAGCUAAAGGGGCCUAUUUCAGAAGGAAAUGUGUCCUUGACCAUAGAGAAUGCUGCUCAGAGUGACAGUGGUCCAUAUUGCUGUGUAGUAGAAAUCCCUGGAUCUUUCAGAUAUGCGACAUAUUCGCUGGAAGUUAAGCCAGAAAUUCCAACAAGUCCUCCAACAAGUCCCACAACUAUAACAGGACCCACAACAACAGGAAGACCCACAACAGUGUCAACAAGACCCAUACAUUUGCCAACAUCACCCACAGUCUCCACCUCGACUCCUACAACACCAGCACAAACAGAGACUCACACAACAGAUUGGAAUAACACUGUGACAUCCUCCAACAACUCUUGGGAUAAUUACACUGUAAGUAUAUUCUUCCCCAAUCAGCCAUGCUCCCUUGUGUAUCUUCUCGGAUACAAUUUGUAG